CGAUUUGUUGUCGAUAGUGUAAUCGUACUCGUGUCCACUUGCUAUCGAAUAGUAACACAAAUUUUGCAGUGCUAGUGCAAGUGUCUUCUGUUUGAGAAAUGCCAGAGAAUUGCCAAUACCGAAAUUGAUGUAGACGAAUUCGCCGUGCGUUGCCAAGUGGAGUGUAUUUAUUUAUACAUACAUAUAUCAGCAGGUUUCAGACGACAACGUCGACGCUUUCACUGCACACUACAUACUACAUAGAAAGGAAAGAAGAGCGGAAGAGUAGAAGAGCAGAAGCAGCAACAAAUUGACUUCAUCCUCCCUCCCUCCCUCUCUCUCUGUCACUCUCUCUCCCCGCUCUCUGUGCAAAGAUGCAACAGAACGCAACCAGCAGUAAUCCAUUUUCGGUGGCCGCCUAUGGCGAUCGACCCCAAAUGGGAUUGGACGUGGAAUUUGGUGCAGAUCCGGCGAGCGGAGCAGCAUUCUUUCAGAGCGAUGGCCGCAAACAUGAUGAUCUGAAGCAAAUGCUGGAUAGCAACAAGGACGGACUCAAGCUGGAGGCAAUGAAGCGCAUCAUUGGCAUGAUUGCCCGUGGACGAGAUGCCAGCGAUCUGUUUCCGGCCGUCGUCAAAAACGUUGUCUCCAAGAACAUUGAGGUGAAGAAACUGGUCUAUGUGUAUUUGGUGCGUUAUGCCGAGGAGCAACAGGAUUUGGCACUGCUCUCCAUAUCGACAUUUCAACGUGCCCUCAAGGAUCCCAAUCAAUUGAUACGCGCCUCCGCUCUGCGUGUCCUCUCUUCCAUACGGGUCAGCAUGAUUGUGCCCAUUGUGAUGCUGGCCAUACGUGACAGUGCCGCCGAUCUGAGUCCAUAUGUGCGCAAGACGGCGGCACAUGCCAUACCCAAGUUAUACUCGCUGGAUGCGGAGCAAAAGGAUGAGCUGGUCACGGUUAUUGAGAAGCUGCUCUCGGAUCGCACCACACUGGUGGUUGGCUCCGCUGUCAUGGCCUUUGAUGAGGUUUGUCCGGAACGCGUUGAUCUGAUACACAAGAACUAUCGCAAGCUGUGUAAUCUGCUCGUGGAUGUGGAUGAAUGGGGACAGGUGAUAAUCAUCAAUAUGCUGACCCGCUAUGCGCGCACACAGUUUGUUGAUCCCAAUCCAGAUGAGGUGCACGGUCAAAUCGAUGGACUCGAUGGCGAUGCACAGGCCAAUGAGCGUUUCUAUGACGAGUCCUCCAAUUCGAGCAGCGACGAUGAAGCGUCCAGCGAUGAUGACGAUGCCAAAGCCAACACCAAUACCAAUACCCAGACCAAAUCCAAAGGCAAGGCAAACAAUUCCAAUUCCAAUUCCAACUCCAACUCGAAUGUGAACAACAAUGAGAAGGACAACGACAACAGUAGCUAUCACAUUGAUUUGGAUCAUCGACUGUUGCUCCGACAGACGAAACCUUUGCUGCAGUCUCGCAAUGCAUCCGUUGUGAUGGCUGUGGCCCAGCUGUAUCAUCAUGUGGCGCCUCGCAAUGAGGUGCAACUAAUUGCCAAGGCAUUGAUACGAUUGCUGCGCUCCCACAAGGAAGUGCAGAGCGUGGUGCUCAACUGCAUUGCGUCCAUGUCCGCCAGGCGCAAGGCCAUCUUUGAGCCGCAUCUCAAGUCGUUCUUUGUGCGCACCAGCGAUCCAACGCAUCUGAAGCUCCUCAAGCUGGACAUACUCACCAAUUUGGCAUCCGCCUCUAGCAUUUCUCUAAUCUUACGCGAAUUCCAAACCUACAUCUCGAGCAGCGAUCGUCCCUUUGUGGCAGCCACCAUACAAGCAAUUGGACGCUGUGCGGCAAGCAUUAAAGCGGUCACCGAGACUUGCCUCAGCGGUCUGGUGCAUCUGCUCUCCAAUCAUGAUGAGCACGUGGUGGCCGAGAGUGUUGUGGUGAUCAAGAAGCUGUUGCAGAGCAAGGCGGCCGAGCAUUAUGAGAUUAUCACACAGAUGGCCAAGUUGAUAGACUACAUCAAUGUGGCUGCGGCAAGAGCAGCAAUCAUUUGGCUAAUUGGCGAAUACAAUGAGAAGGUGCCGCUAAUAGCGCCCGAUGUGCUACGCAAAAUGGCCAAAUCCUUUGUGGAUGAACAGGAUGUUGUCAAGUUGCAGGUGCUUAAUCUGGGCGUUAAAUUGUAUUUAACGAAUCCGGAGCAGACGUCGUUGCUGUGUCAAUACGUGUUCACGUUGGCCCGCUACGAUACCAACUAUGAUGUACGCGAUCGUGCCCGUUUCUUGCGUCAAUUCAUCUUCCCGGCGAGCGGCAGCAGCAGCGUACUUACCCAACAUGCACGUGAGGUGUUCCUGGCGACCAAGCCGGCUCCAUUGCCGGAGAGCAAGUAUCGGGAUAGCAAUCUGUAUCAAUUGGGCUCAUUGUCACACUAUUUGAAUAUGCAUGCCACUGGCUACAAGGAGUUGCCAGCAUUUCCCACUGUUGCACCCGAUUCCACAGUUCGCAACAUCGAAGGUUACAUGCAAGAGAAGUUGCCCAGCGAGAGUCCUGGACGGGGCAAGGCAUCGGCAGCAGGUGCCACAAAGGAACAACGCGAAAAGGGCUUCCUAUCCGAAUCGGAUAAGUCGUCGGCUUAUUCCGAGUCCAGCGGCAGCGGCAGUGGCUCCAGCAGCGGCUCCAGCAGCGACGGAUCCUCAAGCAGCGCUGACAGCGAUGAUGAGGCGAAAGCACAAACCAAGCAGACACCCAAGGCUGUGGCUAUUGUAACCCCCAAGCUGAUUGAUGACAGCAGUAAUCCUCCAGCUUCUGCAUCUGAUGUUCCAUCUGCUUCUCCAGCUGCAGCUGCAGUUGCUCCUGCCACAGGCAAUAAUAAUAAUAAUAAUGCUGUCGAAGACUCUGGCACCUCGGACAGCGCCGAAUCAUCGAUAUACAGCGGCAGCAGCAGCGAUGGCGACAGCAGUGAUUCGGCCAGCGACACCGAACAGGAGGAGGCAGCUCCUAAGGCAUCAGCAGCAGCACCAGCUAAGGAGAAGCUAGCGACGCCAAAAGCAACCACACAAACGGCUGUCAAAAGCAAUUUAGAUCUGCUGUUAGAUUUGGAUGACGUUCCACCCAUCGGGCCUGUGAUGACGCCCUCGCUAGGUGGCUUCCUCACACCUGGCACACCGAUGAUGCCUGGUCAGGUGGCAUUGCAGCCGCAGCAGGCGUGCAAUCGCAUUGAACUUGUGGGAUCCUCGCACACGGAAUUCAAGCACAAGGAGCUGCUUAACAAGGUGACGGGACAUGGAUUGCAGCUGUCGUAUCGCUUCACACGUGCACCACAUCUCUACUCGGCGGCCAUGUGCUCCAUUGAGCUGCAAUUUCAGAAUCGCAGCGAUAAGGAGCUGACCAGCAUACGGAUGGGACAACAGACAUUGCCACCGGGCAUGCAACUAAGUGAAUUUGCGCCAAUUGCCCAACUGCAGCCGCAACAAGUGGCAAGUGGUGUGCUGGGUGUGGAUUUCAAUGAUACAACACAUGCCAUUGAUUUCGAGCUGUUGUCAAGUGGAGGAAGUGCCAGGAUUCAGCUGAAACCACCGGUGGGUGAGCUGGUGCGUGCUGUGCAAAUCGGCGAAAGUUGUCAUCGCGAGGAGCGUUCCAAGUUGCGUGGCAUGAACGAGCAUCAAUGUGAAUUGCGUGGCGUGCAGCGUGAUCUGCUCGAUGUGAUGGCGCUCAAGCAAAAGAUCUACGAGUGCAUCAAUGUGGCACACACGUUUAGCUCUCCAACGGGACAGCUGCAUUGCUUUGCCGGCCAGACACUAAGCUCCAAAAGUCUCGUCCUUCUCACGCUUCAAUGGCAAACGGAUGAUGCACUCACAUUGUUGGUCAACUGCGAGAAGAUGGUCAUCGGUUCCAUGGUGCUCAACGAGCUGCGCAAUGCUCUACAGCUCAGCUUUGCCAUCUAAAAGACAACCCCCUAUCAUUGAUGUCUAGGGUAUAAACUAUAAGUUGUGUUAACCUAUCAAUUGUCUCAGUUGUACUUGAAAUUAUUGAAAUUGUUGAAAUGAACAAAUUAAUUGAAUCUUUGCAAAACGCUACAUUAGAACAAAAGCCGCAACAUUACGUAAACAAACAUUAUACAACUACAUUAUUAAAUAUCCAUUAUAUUAUACAUCUUUCUAUUAACUUAAGUUGAAACAAAAUGCGAUUCCAAAAUUAAAAAACACAAGCAAAGUAAACAAUAUAUGAACAAUUAUAAUUAUUAUUAUAUAUAAAAAACUUUUAAUCAAUGUUGUUGCCUAUGCCAAUUAAUUAUUGUAAACCGCAUUCUCUCUGCGCGUGUAUGUGUGGCUGUAUGUGUGUGUGUGUGUGUGUGUAUUUGUACUAUAACUAAGUAUGUAAUGCUGUGUAAAGUGUGUGUUUUUGAUGUUGUAACUCUGUUGCCUUUGUGCUCUAUGCGGCCUUUUUCAAACUGUAGCAAAACAAAAAAAAGAAACAAAAAGACAAAGAAAGAAACAUACAAACGCAUAUACAUAAACAUACUAUAUAGAUCUAUAUGGAUCGGGAGCUUGCAGCAGUACUAAUUAUCGAAAUGUUAACCGAAUUGUUGCCUAAUUAACUCGCAUGACACUAGAGCGAUGACAAAACCAAUUCGAAAUAUACUUUAUUUUAAUAAUAUAUAUCUAUGUAUUAUUUAUCGUAUAUAUAUAUACUAAUAUUCUAUAUAUGUGCAUUUCUUGCCUUUAAGCAUUGGCGGUUCUCAUCGAAAAACAUAUGCAAAAGAGCAUUUAAUUAUUUGCUUUUUUUUUAUUUUUUGCCUAGCAAAGUUAGAAGGCGCAAUCGGAUAUAUGUGCAUAUGUAUAUACAAAUGUAUAAUAUAUGUAUACACUCGAGAAGACUAUUGAAUGCCAGCCAGUUAGUAGUUGAACCUAUUAAGGAGCCUAGCUCCAAUUUAAAACAAAUUUUUGAUAUUCGCCACAACAGGCAGGCACACGAUGUUCUAUAAAACUAGUUAUUAAUGAACAAUAUCUAAAAUGAUACAGUAUAUGGUAUAUAUUUGACUUGUGCCAGCUUAUCUAAAGAAAUCCGUUUCCUACGCCAACUUUUUCGAGCUCCCCCAAUGAACUACUAUUUAACAUUUUCGAAGCAUUUUUCAUUUUGGCUUUAAAAAAAAAAAAAAAAGGCAUUCGAAAAUGAAGCAAUUAAAUGUUAAAUAUUUACAUAAAUCUUUUUUAUAUCUAUUACUAUUAUUAUUAUGUUAAUUAUUGUAAGACAUUCAAGUUUCAAAUCUCAAGCGUAUGUGUAACAAAAUUCGAUAAACAAUAAUUAUUUUGUCAAAAGAAAAACAUGCGCAAUUAUUGUUAAAAGAAGAGAAAAUGUUGAAACAAAAUUGAAAACAAAUAAUUAUUAAUAUAUUGUAUGCUUUUUAAAACCUAUGCAAGAAGAACUCUAAAUCUAUUGAAAUAAAUGCAACGUUUUAACAAAA